CAAUCUAGCUGUUGAGCCUCCACCACACAUAUCAUUAACCUCUUAAUGAUGUAUUCUCUAAUUAAUCUGCGGGUAUAAGCAGUUACGACCCAGAAUAUAUUUGGUGAUCUUAGUCAACUGGGCGUUAUGCAGGCAAGCUCGCAUAAAAACCGACUUCCCCAGAUGUUGAUAUUAUGUAACGCAUGCAAAGUGGAUAUGAGAGAGAGUAGCUAGGCUUACAUGAUCUGAUGUUACUGCAUUCGUAACGGAACAUAGAUACUACUGGAUCCAAUCUAUUGCUCAAAGUCAAUCACCCUUAUUUGGAUUCUAGCUUCUCAACCAACUAAUUACUACUCAAUUCUCAUGAUCUUAUCUCUACUUCCCUAUCUCUGGAUCCUUACCCUAUUUACUCCUUGUUGAAUUUUUGCAUCUUUUUGGGGUAUAAAUAGUCUAUGAGUCUGGCCUAAGGGGUCACUCAGAUGUUACAAUGGAAGGCUUUAAGAGUAACCAAACAGGAGGAAGCGCUUCUUCUCCCUAUGUGCAGCAGUUUCUGUCUCCUCGUGAUCAGGGUGAUCAAGGUGAUUCUGAGAAGGUCCGGGUCCGGGUCCAGCCGGUGGCUCCUUCGUCCCCGCUUCACCGCCCGAGAGGCCGUCCUCCUGGCUCCAAGAACAAGCCCAAAGCGCCGGUUGUGGUGACGCGGGACACUCCCAACACGCUCCGUUGCCACGUGCUGGAGGUGGCUGCGGGGACUGACAUAGUGGAGUGUCUCAAUGAGUAUGCCAGGCGAGGCGAGAAGGGGGUGUUUGUCAUGAGUGGGAGGGGGACGGUUUCGAAUGUCAACAUCCGCCAGGUUCCUUCAGGCAUUGUUGCUUUGCAGGGCGGGUUCGAGAUUCUGGGGCUUUCUGGAGCUGUGCUUCCUGCACCUGUCCCGACGGGAGCUGGGGGCUUGUCCAUCAUUCUGGCUGGGGGACAGGGACAGAUGCUUGGAGGGAUUGUGGUGGGUCCGCUCAUCGCGACAGAGAAGGUUGUUCUGAUAGCAGCUGUGUUCCCUAACGUCGUGUUUGAGCGUCUGCCAGUGGAGGACCAGGAAGCAGAUGGGAAUGCUGGUGGUCAGUCUGCGGGAUCGCAGUCGUCUGGUGUGUCAGGUGGUGUUGGUCUCCCUCUGUUUCAUGUGGAAGGCAAUGUGGCGACUCCUCCUGGUCCGGCUCACAGCACUUUUGCAUUUUCUGCAGACUUGUCUGGAUGGGGUGGAAGCAAUGUUGCAAUCAAGCCUCCCUUCUAGAUCUUGUUGAUGUAUCAACCUGGCUCUUUUCUGUAUCAGUAAUUGUAUUAAUAAGUGGCUGAUGAAAACCCACAAGAAGCUUGAUGUAUCCCCAGUGUUUUCUGUUUCAGAACAUUCACAAUAAAAUCUACAUUAGUAUUA